AGACCGCCCACCCGAUCCAGGCGCUGGGACUCCCUCUCGCUCGGGCGGGGCCCGUGCACCCCGCCAGCAGCCGGCACCCCGCGGCCUGGUCCGCUCCUCGCCUCCCCUGCCGCGGAGGGAGCACCUGCCCCGAAGGCCUUCAGAGUCAUGUGGUACGUCAGCACCAGGGGGACGGCCCCCCGCGUCGACUUUGAGGGUGCCCUCUUCUCCGGCUAUGCACCCGACGGGGGCCUCUUCAUGCCCGAGGAGCUCCCGCAGCUGGGCAGGGAGACGCUGCGUCGGUGGAGUGCGCUCUCCUACCCAAGCCUGGUCGCCGAGCUGUGCGCUCUCUUCAUUGGCCCGGAGCUCAUCCCAAGAGAGGACUUAAAUGGUCUGAUCCAGCGGGCCUUCCGCAGGUUCCGCCACAGAGAAGUGGUCCAUCUGUCCAGGCUGCGGGAUGGGCUGAAUGUGCUGGAGCUGUGGCAUGGAGCCACAUAUGCGUUUAAGGACCUGUCCCUGAGCUGCACGGCACAGUUCCUGCAGUACUUCCUGCAGAAGAGGGGGAAGCGUGUCACCGUGGUUGUAGGAACUUCUGGAGACACGGGGAGCGCUGCCAUUGAGAGUGUGCGAGGCGCAAAGAAUGUGGGCAUCAUUGUUCUCCUGCCCCAGGGUCACUGCACGGAGAUCCAGGAGCGGCAGAUGACCACCGUGCUGGAGGAGAACGUCCUGGAGGGAAACAGCGAUGAGCUCGAUGAACCGAUCAAGGCCGUGUUUGCCGAUGAGGCUUUUGUCAAGAAGCACAAUCUGAUGAGUCUGAAUUCAAUCAACUGGUCCCGGGUCCUCGUGCAAAUGGCUCACCACUUCUUUGCUUACUUCCAGUGUGUGCCAUCCUUAGAUUUGCACCCGCUCCCCGCUGUGGAGGUGGUUGUGCCAACAGGGGCUGCUGGUAACCUUGCAGCUGGGUGCAUUGCUCAGAAGAUGGGCCUGCCCAUCCACCUGGUCGCAGCGGUGAACUGCAAUGAUAUCAUUCAUAGGACUGUCCAGCGAGGAGACUUCUCUCUGUCUGAGACUGUCAAGCCAACCUUAGCAUCGGCUAUGGACAUCCAGGUGCCCUACAACAUGGAGAGGAUUUUCUGGCUACUCUCUGGCUCUGACAGCCAGAUGACAAGAGGCCUCAUGGAGCAGUUUGAAAGGACCCAAAAAGUGAGGCUGCCUGAGGAACUGCAAAGCAAGCUUUCAGCGGCAGUGACAUCUGAGUCAGUGUCAGACGAGACCAUCAUGCAGACCAUGGCCCGCUGCUGGGAAGAGAACCAGUCCUUGCUGUGCCCUCACACGGCCGUGGCCGUGAGCUACCAUUACCAGCAGAUGCUCAGGCAGACCCCCAGCCCUCCCCGGUGUUGUCUGGCCCCUGCCUCUGCAGCCAAGUUUCCCGAAGCUGUCACGGCUGCUGGACUGAGCCCGGAAACUCCCGCGGACAUCCUAGCCCUGGAGGGAAAGGAGACGUGCUGCACCCCAAUGCGGAGGAGUGACGACUGGACGGUGAUGCUCCGGGACACAAUUGAGGACAUGGGCCGGUGGUGGAGGGCCACGUCCCCAGUGCUCCCAGAGAGCCCGGCUGCAGCUGGCCUCCUUUAGGCUUCAGACCCCAGGGUGGGGGCGGGCGUGCCUUCGGAGCUACCUUCUCCCUGUUAAGAGUUGAUGUGGAAGGUUCUCAGGAGGCUGCUCAGUGGGGUCUGGAGCCUGCUGGCUUUGCUCAUUCCCACAGCUGCUCUGUGCUCUCGCCGUGGUGGGGUGGUGCCUCGUCAGCGGGGCUGCAUAGGGCCGUGCGUGGUUGCUGGAAGUGCACCCCCACCGCUGGACAGCACAGGGCCUGCAAAUGGAGCUCCUGGGCACAGAGUUGACCUUGGCCCCAGAGUCUGGGACCCCAGACCCUAAGCCUGUGCAGGCAGGGCUGCAUACUCCAUUAGCACAAGCCUGGGGCUCCGCCGUCUGCACCUGUUUAUCUGGAGAUACCGGCUGGCCUUCCCACCCUGCCGAGUGUCGGAAUCCCGAGAACACAAGUGCAUGUCC